AUGGCCAUUAAAAACUUGACAACAUGGAUGAUCUUCUUACUUCAAACUGUCUUUGGAAUCCUGGGGAAUGUCUCACUUCUUGGCCAUUAUCUCUAUCUCUACUUCACAGGAUGCAAGUUUAAGCCCACAGAUUUGAUUAUCAAACACCUGUCUGUAGCCAACUGCUUAGUCAUUCUUUCCAAAGGAGUCCCCCAAACCAUGACAUCUUUGGGGAUGAAGCCUUUCCUUGGUGAUAUUGGGUGCAAGCUUGUAUUCUAUGUGCACAAAGUGGGCAGGGAUGUGUCCAUUGGCAGCACCUGUCUCUUGAGUAUCAUCCAGGCCAUCACCAUCAGUCCCAGGAACCCCAGAUGGGCAGAGCUCAAAGCAAAAGCACAAAAGUACAUUGGCCCCUCCACUAUCCUCUGCUGGAUGCUGAAUCUGAUACUGAAUGUCUUGGUACCUGUGCAUGUGAUUGGAAACAGGAAUGACAAAAACAUCACAAAGAAAACUGAUCAUGGCUACUGCUAUUCUGUGAGUCAUGCAAAAUUCUUAGACUUGCUGUAUGCUGCCCAGUUGCUAUUCAGAGAUACUGUCUUUGUGGCACUCAUGCUCUUGGCCAGCAGCUUCAUGGUUUUCAUCCUGUACAGGCACAAGCAGCAGGUACAAUACAUCCAUGGGACAAAUAUUACCUCCAGGUCCUCCCCAGAGUCCAGAGCCACCCACAGCAUCCUCGUCCUGGUGAGCACCUUUGUGUCCUUGAGCACUCUCUCCUCCAUCCUUCACAUUUGCUUGGCUGUUUUAAGCAGUCCUAGUAUGUGGCUGGUGACCACCUCUGAAGUAAUUGCUGGGAUUUUUCCAGUUGUGAGCCCCUACAUUCUCAUGAGCCAUGACUCCAGGGUGCCCAGGCACUGCUGUGCUCACACAAGGAAUACAGAUUUCUUGGCUUAG